AUGGCAAAUAAACAAGACGGCUUAGGCUUGGGUUAUUCGUACGAAUUUCCUUCUGCCGGUGUCGGUUUGAGAAUAAAAAAUGCCCUGUCGCAAUUUAGCGAUUUGUUUAGCGAAUUCAACAGGUAUAUUGCACCUGCUUAUCAUCAUGAUCGAUGUGAAAGAUCGGUGUACAUGCGUCUGUAUUCGAUGCACAAGAGGGAAUUCGUGAUGGUGUUCUUGGCGUUUUUUGCCUGUUUUGGACUCGGAAUAUUUAUAGGAUUAGCAGGUCCUCCGAUUACCAUAACACAAGAAUAUAGUGGUGUAAAAAUUUUGGCAAACAACACUAAUAAUAAAAUACAUGCGGAUUUGUCCAGAGGUCCAUUCGUUAUGCAUUCACCAGAAUUUGGCACCUACAACCAGCAACUCUGGCUAAUUGCUGAAGUUUCAACCAAGAACUCUGAUGAUGAGGUGUUUGAUAAAGUCUUCCAUAUCGGUGUCUCAAUUGAUGGUCUCAAUGAGGAUCACACCGCUACGUCAAUUUUACGAAAACACAGCAAAAAUAAUAGAACUCGUCAUUUGCACUGCAGUGGUCACCAUUGUGAUGAAUUCGUUGUUUUGCAUUUAGGAUUUCUGGCCUACUCUCAUUACUCGAUAAGCGUUUCUUUCUAUGGCCUGGAAGGAUUACACAAGAGAUAUACAUUCCAGGAUGUCAAAUUUUAUUUCAAAACAUACAAUCCAGCUUUUACGCAGAUCGAGAUAUGGUUCCGUUUAUUUUUCCUAAUUGGUGCCUUCAUGGUUACGUGCUUCUUCGCCCAUUCUUUGAGACAAUACCCAAUCAACGAUUGGUCUAUGGAACAGAAAUGGAUAUCUAUACUUCUACCGUUGCUCCUUCUCUAUAACAAUCCCGUUUUCCCUCUGACAUUUUUAAUUGAUUCCUGGUUACCAGGAAUGAUGGAUGCGUUGUUCCAGGCGACUUUCUUAUGUGCCCUGUUGUUGUUUUGGCUGUGCGUUUAUCAUGGUCUAAGACAGAAUGAACGUACCUUAUUGGGAUUUUAUGCUCCCAAAUUAAUUGUAAUAGUUCCUUUAUGGCUUUGCGCUGUGGUGCUUUCGGCUUGGCAAAAAUGUGACGAAAAACAGGAUCCGACUUACAAUCACAUUGUUGAUGCUGAUAAUUAUUACGGCUUCAAAGUGUUUUUCUUCAUCAACGGAGUGAUCUAUCUCGUCUAUCUUCUAACACUAAUUUUAAAAGCCUACAGCGAGCUGAGAUCUAUGCCAUUUUUUGAUAUGAGGUUGAGAUUUCUGACCCUCUUGAUGAUUUGCGUUGCCAGUGUUAUAACAGCUGAGAUUUGUAUGAAAUUUGCUCCUGGACCAGUAGUCGAUGAGUUUGUGUCCGCUCUGAACGCUCAUUAUGAUAGCAGUGCCCAUUUUAUGGCUCUUUAUGGCCUUUUGAACUUCUAUACUUACUCAAUGGCUUAUGUUUAUGCACCUUUGGAUAGACCUCCUCAUGAGGCUCCUCUAACAAAAGACAAUCCAGCAUUUUCAAUGGUAACGGAAUCCGAUGAAGAAGUUGUAUUUGGUUCAGACGAUGAACAACAAGCAAGAAGGCCUCUCAAUUCACAAAGAGGUGAUUACGAUAGUGACUGA